AUGGGUGACCCCCGGUGCCACCGUGCCCCCCAGGUGGUGACGGGGCUGCAGUGGGCGCGCGCCGAGGGCAGCGGGGGGGUGCCGGUGUGGGUGGUGGUCCUGGCCGUGCUGCUGGGGCUGCUGCUGCUCGCCCUGCUCUGCUACGGCCUCUACAAGUUGGGCUUCUUCAAGCGCGCGGGGCCCUACGGCACGGCCAUGGAGAAGGCGCAGCUCAAGCCCCAGGCGGCCUCGGAGGCCUGAGGGGGCCCGCACCCCCGGGCACCCCCCGGGACGGGCACCCCCCGCACCGGGCACCCCCGCACCGGGCACCGCCGACACGCUGGGCACCCUCGGACGGGGGGGAGACAGACCCGGCCACCCCCGGGAUGGGCAUCGUCACCAGGAGGAGCAUCGUCACCGGGCUGGGGGCCACCGGGCCCGGCGUCACCACCCGACUGGGGACCACCCAACUGGGUGUCACCCAGUCUGGAAUCACCACCCCACGGGGUACCACCAUGCCCAGCAUCACCACCCAACUGGGUACCACAGGAUGGGCAUCACCACCGAGCUGGGUGUUACCCAGUCUGGAAUCACCACCCAACUGGAUACCACCAUGCCCGUCA